UAAUCAAUGAGCCCAUCUCUAUCAGGAACUUAUCAACAACGUGGCGCUUCGAGUGGGUCACCAUUGUUUCUAUAAAACCUAUAAAAGAAGCGGCAGCGAGACGCGUGCGCUGAGACAAACGUGAUAAUUACGAAGUGAUCAUCAGGCAACGAAAGCAACAAUGGGCGCCCCACUUCCGUUACUGUUCUUGUACCCAGCUCUGCUCACAUCGUUGGCGCAGCACAAUUACACGAUCUUUCCGAACGAGGCUGGAGAUCCAUUUCUAAUCCAGAUCGACUACAGCCCACUGAAUGAUCAAGAAAUUAGUGCUUUGGAAGCUAAUCUGGACACUAUCACCUUCACGCUCUUCACACGAGGAAACCCAACAAACGGCCAAGAUCUAAAACUAAACGACCCGAACGGCGUCUCGGCAAGCAAAUGGAACACGAGAAGGCCGACUGCAGUCGUCACCCACGGCUGGCAGAGCAAAGGAACAGCUUCGGUCUGCACCCAAAUUCGCGACGCUUUCCUAGACGUUAUGGACAUUAACGUGAUCGUUGUCGAUUGGAGCCAGAUAGCCAAAGACGUAAACUAUGCGCAAGUAGCGAAGAGUAUUCCGGCGGUGGCCGAACAUGUAGCAACUUUCGUGAACUUCAUGCGGCGGGAUUCGGGCCUGAAGUCCUCCACCUUAAAAAUGAUCGGACACUCCCUCGGUGCUCACGUCGCGAGCAUAGCGGCGGGAAGGCUGUCGAAAACUUGCCUGGUUUCCGAAGUCGUCGCUCUCGACCCAGCCGGUCCAAUGUUCGACACCAACGGCCCCGAUAGCAGGGUAGACCGAACCCACGCCAAAACCGUUGAAGUUGUUCACACGAGUGUGUUGGGACUGUCCAAAGCAAUCGGCACCUCUGACUUCUAUGCCAACGGAGGAAAACAACAACCUGGAUGUGCAGGCGACUACUUGGGCAAUUGUGCUCAUUCACGAAGCUAUGAGUAUUAUAGCUCAUCCCUCAUUCACACAAAAGGAUUCCCUGGAACUCCACGAGAUGGUGGUGAAAUUAAAUACAUGGGUGGACCUACCAUUGACCCAACAGCUCACGGUUCCUAUGACUUCAAAACCGGAAGUAAACCACCUUACACGCUUGAUGAUUAAGACUUAUUCAAAUAUCUGGUCAAGAUACCAGAUCUGACUUUAAUGACUUAUAAUGUUACUUAAUUUGAAAUUCUUUGUCGCUGAAGAAUUUAAAUGUGCGGAUAGAUGCGUAAUUUUUAUUAUGAAUAAGCAACGGAUUUGAAUCCAGUUACUGAAAAUUAGUCUUAAAAAAAUGAUGUACCUCAAUAUUUAACAUUGACAAUUCCAAUGUUUUCUUUUUCAUUAAUGUUUUGUCUAAAAAACUAAAAAUAUUCAGGUUCAUUAAAACGCCUAAUAAAAUAA